AUGCUGCUUCGGCUUCUCUCCCUUUUCUUCUACUUCUUUUUCAUUUCUGUCACUGGAUCUGCAAUUCAAAGACAUGUGGAUAUAGUGGAAGCCAAUGAAGGAAUCGAUGGUCUUAUCGAGGGAGAUAUUCGGCUGACUGACAAACAACUUCGUGAAUUGAAUAAUGCUGAUGGAAAUCGUGUCAAAAGGCAGAUCACCACAUUUAAAGACCACAUUUGGCCAGGCGGAGUUGUCUACUAUUUCUAUGAUGAUGCAUUCAGUCAAGAGAAACGGACAUUGAUGAAAAGUGCCAUGGAGCUUAUCUCAUCCCGAACAUGCAUCAAAUUCGUGGAAAGUAAAACUGAAAAAAAUGUAGUUCGGAUAUUUGAUGAAAAUGGUUCAUGCAGUUCUCAUAUCGGUUAUAUUGGAGAAGGAGAGCAGAAAAUUUGGCUUGGUGAUAAUUGUCAAGUGAUCGGUACCUUUGUACACGAAAUGAUGCACACUCUGGGCAUAUACCACACCCACAUUCGGUAUGAUCGUGAUGACUAUGUCACAGUGAAUUUAACGGGUCUCCCUGAAAAUUUGAAAAAGAAUUUCAACAAGCAAACUCCGGAGAUGACAAUCAAUGCAGUUCCAUACGAAUAUGGAAGUGUUAUGCACUAUUCUACAAACCUGUUUGCACCAAGAACUAUUCUUGCAAAACAAUAUGGGUAUCAGAAUACUAUGGGACUGUCGAUAGUGUCGUUCUAUGAUAUGGUGAAUAUCAACACGUUGUACUCAUGUGGUUGUGCAGUGCAUUUGGAUUGUAAGAAUGGAGGAUACACGAAUCCGUCGAAUUGCGGUCAAUGCUAUUGUCCAUAUGGGUAUGCGGGGAAGUUGUGUGAUGAAGCGCCACCCGGAGCCAUCCUCUACACCGCCACUGCAAACUGGACUAUACAAAACAUCAAAUUCGGCUAUGAUGAUGGCUCUCGUACCAAUACUUUCCUCAUGUCGUACGCCUGGAUCAGUGCGCCAGCUGACAAACAAAUUGAAGUGCAAAUUCGCCAACUGGACGUUGUUAUGUGUGCCGAAGGUUGUCCUUACAAUGGAGUCGAGCUCAAAGUCAAUGAAGAUCCGCGAAUCACUAACCCGGUGUAUUGCUGCAAUGCCGAUCUGAUGGGGGAAAUAGUGAAGAGUAAACAGAACCCAACUCCGAUCGUCAUGUUUCAAAGGGUUGGGAAGAGUGGAGUGACCAUCGGCUACAGAUAUGUGGAUAAACCGGCGAGUCCAGCCACAACGCCGACAACUACCACUACCACGGCGAAGCCACCAACUCAGCCACCUACAACAACAGAGCCACCUUGUGAGACAACCACACCUUCUACCACUACAACAAAAGCUACUCCCGCACCGGCACCUUCAACUCAAUCUUCUACAACAAAGUCACCUGGCCAGACACCUACUCAGCCACCAACUCAACCAACCACCACCACUACAACUAAGUCAACUCCUCCUCCAGCAGCUUCAACUGAAUCUCCUACAACAAAGCCACCUACUCAGCCAACCACCACAACUACAACAAAGUCAACUCUUCCUCCAGCACCUACAACUCGUGUUCCUACAACAGAAGAGCCCGAAACUACAUGCCAGUGCACUGAGGAGUGUCACUCCACAACUACAGAAACAGAGACAUGCCAGUGCACCACCUCUACCGAGGAGACAUUUGAGACUGAGGAAUGUGAGAAGGAAGCAGGAACCAUACAUAUUGGCGAUGAGUGUCAGGAUUCAUGUAUUUGA